CAUACUCAUAGUAAUCAUCGCAGCAGCACGCUUCUCGUAGAACAAUUAGUGCAAACAGCGCCGCAAUUCACCGCCUGCUACACAAACACACUUUCAAAUGCAACAUUAGCUACAGCAUCCGAAGAAGCGCUUAACGCACCAACGGCGUACGACUGCACGGAAACGACGGACGCGAGCCAUGAGCUACUGGAUUAUUAUCUCAACGACUCCAUCGGACCAUCUUCCAAUGCGAAGAACACCACAUUCGAUCGCUUAAACUUGAAGCUCGAUACGCUAGAUUUUAGUCUAACCAGACGCUUGCUUGGAGCCGUUUUCUUUCUGCUAAUCAUCUACGCCUGGAAGCAAUACAUCGACGACGAGGAAGAGUCCGACACGAUCUAUAUCUGAUCGGAUUCUCAUCUGUUAGUAGCAUUCAAUAGUAGAAAGUGCAACCGGGCUUGGAACACUGGGCAACUAUGGGUACUAAGAAGGUGUCAUACUUCUUUAACCCGGACGUGGGCAAUUUUCACUAUGGACCAGGGCAUCCUAUGAAACCUCAUCGGCUUUCGGUCAUCCAUCAUCUGGUGAUGAACUAUGGAUUGCAUAAAAAGAUGCAAAUCUACCGGCCAUACAAAGCAAGUGCGCAUGAUAUGUGCCGGUUUCACAGUGACGAAUACAUCGAGUUCCUCCAGCGAGUUACGCCGCAAAACAUUCAGGGUUACACCAAGUGUCUUUCCGUGUUCAACGUCGGUGACGAUUGUCCGGUGUUUGAUGGGCUGUUCGAGUUUUGCGCCAUGUACACCGGAGCCUCACUGGAAGGUGCGCAAAAACUAAAUCACAACCACAGUGAUAUUUGCAUCAACUGGUCAGGCGGACUGCACCAUGCGAAGAAGUUUGAAGCAUCCGGUUUCUGUUACGUGAACGACAUUGUGAUAGGCAUACUAGAGUUGCUAAAAUAUCAUCCGCGCGUCCUGUACAUCGAUAUUGACGUGCAUCAUGGCGAUGGCGUGCAGGAAGCAUUCUAUUUGACCGAUCGCGUCAUGACAGUUUCGUUCCACAAGUACGGCAACUACUUCUUCCCCGGUACGGGAGAUAUGUACGAAAUCGGGGCCGAAUCUGGUCGCUACUAUUCUGUGAACGUGCCACUCAAGGAAGGCAUCGACGAUCAAAGCUAUGUGCAGGUGUUUAAACCGGUCAUUUCAGCCGUGAUGGAAUUUUAUCAACCUACUGCGAUCGUAUUACAAUGCGGUGCCGAUUCGCUGGCUGGCGAUCGGUUGGGUUGUUUCUCGCUCAGCACCAAGGGUCACGGCGAGUGCGUAAAAUUCGUCAAGGACCUGAAUGUGCCGACGUUGGUCGUCGGUGGCGGUGGGUACACGUUGCGCAAUGUGGCACGCUGUUGGACGUACGAGACAUCACUUCUGAUCGAUGAAACUAUCUCGAACGAGCUACCAAUGAACGAUUAUCUCGAAUUUUUCGCGCCCGACUUUACGCUGCAUCCUGACAUCCCGAGCAGGCAGGAUAAUGCGAACAGCAAACAAUAUUUGGAAGCGAUCACGCGACACGUGUACGACAAUCUGAAGAUGUGCCAGCACGCGCCCAGUGUGCAGAUGUUCGACAUACCCGAGGACGCCUUGCCGAAGGAGCUGAAGACGGUGAAGACAGAGGAACCGAACCCGGAUGUGCGCAUCACUCAGGAGGAUGAAGACCGGUUGGUGGAGCCUAAAAACGAAUUCUACGACGGUGAUAAUGACAACGAGAAGAGUGAAAACGAGCCCUAGCUUCUAUGAAUAACGUAAGAUGGGAUUGUUUGGUUUUUUUUGGAAGAAGACAAGAUAAACGAUCCGCCUUUCGGGAUAUCUUGUCGAAAGCAUCUCUUCCAAUCCGCAAUACGUCUCCUUGGAAGACAAUAACAGCUACAGUAAGGAGACUAUUACUUCCACGGAGAAAGCCGGAAGGCUACUUUUAAUUUCUAGGUUGCGAUAGCAAUAAAACAAUAUAAC